GUGAUAAAUAUAUUUUUGAAAGAAUUUUUUAGUUUUUUAUUUGCUAACGUUUUAUCGUUUAUUUAUUUUGUUUGUGUUAAAUUUGUAUUUAACCUUUCAGAAAUGAUGCAAAUGAAAAUUUUGAUGAAUAUUCCGUGUAGAAUGAAGUUCGGACGUUGUCUUCUAUCUUCAUCAACAAGUAAAUUUGCAAGGUUUCAGAGUGGCAGGCUUGGAAAUCGAUUAAAAAAUGCUAUCGACACAAAAAUGGAGGCAAAACAAAAUUAUACGCAAGAAGGAGCUGAACUUAGGCCAAAAAGUCAUUUAUGGAGAGCAGUAGCAUUUACAGCUGCGACUGGCCUCACAACUUUUUCAAUUGCUUCUAUAUCUGAAUACAAAAAUACCAAAAAGUCUAUCCAAGAUCUCAAUGAUGUUUUGAUAGAAUUUAAACGAAUAUAUUUUGGACGACAAGAAUCUAUGAAACGAGUGGAUCCUUUAAUUGCUACUUUAAUAGCAACAAAUGUUGCAGUAUUUGCACUUUGGCGUUUUUCUAAUUUCAGUAAAUUCAUGAGCCUUUUCUUUACAAAUGGAUUUGCAUCAAAACUCCUUUGUUUACCAAUGUUAUUGAGUGUAUUUUCACAUAGCCAUUCUCUACAUAUGUUUGCGAAUAUGUACGUAUUAAAUAGUUUUUCAAAUGCAACACUUCAAUUUUUAGGAAAGGAGGAGGUGUGGUUAUAA